UAAUCAUGCAUGCACAAAUUUAGAAGUUUGCUUUAUAAAAGAAGUAAUUAGAUUAACAAAUUUGAUUAUCAACCAUAUAUUUCGAUUUUCUGUGAACAACUCGUUAGCGACCAUCAAUGUUGGUACUAUCUUGGAAUCGUAUAACAUUAUUUAAUUGAAAAUCAAGAAUAACGCAUCAAGUUCUCCUUAUAAAUACUCGAGAGACUAACUUAACGUUCUGGAAAUUAUUUUCACACUUUACAACGUAAGUGAUCGAAAUGAUUUUAAAGUGAAACUAUCAAUGACACAAUGUUUGGAUAUUAAUUGUCAUAGAAAUGCAUUGUAAUGUCCGUUUUCUGUCCUUUCUCUCUAUGUGUCUUGGUGCUGUUGCAGUUGGCACUAUGGCGCUUGCUGUAGGCACUGAUUCAUGGUUGUUUACAGAAGAAGAGACUAUUAAGAGCAUAGAAAAUGGGACACUGAAAUUUACAGCCCAUAUCAGAACAGGAUUAUGGCGACUUUGCAUUAUUAUGGAUUACGAUUACCCAGACAUAUGUGUUAAUGUGGGAUAUGAAAAUGCAGAUGAAGGAAGAGAAGAGGGUCAAGAAACUUCCAUGGCUAUAAUGAGAGCCAACAGAGUAUCUACAGUUUUCCCUGUCAUAACUUUGGUUUUACUAGUCACUGGUUUUACUGUGAGUGCUAUUGGAAAUAUUCAAGGAGACAUAAAAACCUUGAUUGGAUCUGUUGUCUAUAUAUCUGGAGGAUUAACUUUUGCAGUAGGAAUAAUACUGUACAUAUCAUCAAUAAACGACGAGGUUGGACAUCGACAAUAUAACGAAAGUGGAGAUUUAGUUUUCCAGUAUAGUUAUGGAUGGUCCUUCUAUUUUGCCGGUUUAGCCUUUUUAUUUACCAUGCUGUCAGCGGUAGUGCAAAUUUCCUUGUUUUUGAAAAGAAAUUCUAAGAAAGACGACAUGAUAAAAAUAAUUCCAGGAUUGGAUGGCGUUCUUUUAGAUCCGGAAGAUGAAAUUCCAGGCGGAGCAUCAAACCCUACAAUUAUAUUAUAAAUACGAAACUAUUUGCCUGGAAGUCUAGAAAUAAAUUUGAAAUGUUUUAUGUCAGAAAAUGUGAACAUAAACAUGUGAUUUUUUUACUCAAGUUUCAAUUCUAGGAAAAAAACAGUUAUGUCGUUAUGACUUUUUGUUUUAAUGAUAAAUCGAUGGAAAAUUUAUAAAUAGUGUUGCUAUGCAUUUUAAUUCAUUCGAGGAUGCAAUUUCGUUGUCUGUCUUUAACUGUUAUAUCAUUCCCUUGUCUAGCAUUGUAAAAUAGUAUAAAACUUAUGAUUUAAUCUUACAGAGAACUUAAAUUUUUAGUUUUAAAGCUUCUUUUUUUUAAGCUUUUUUUUUUUUUAGCUUUUUUUUAAUAAUUGAUAGUUUGCAAUUAUGGCACCACAAACCAAAAACAGCGCUUAGCUUUAGGGCGGACAGAACAAAGAUAUAAUUCCGUGAAGACCACAACAUAAAGCUUUGCCAUACUAAGUUAAAUCUGAAAAUAUACAUUAUCUAGUGUAUUUGUAGAACAUUUCUUAAUUGUCAUCACUCGAUUUUCCCUUUCUGGAGAUGUUUGGUCAGUUAAUUGUAGAUUUACGUAUAAAUUAAUCAUCAUGAUGACUGGUACCCUGCUGGAGUUGUUUUACUUAACUGGGAAAUCAAUACCACUAAUGGAACAUUACUAUUACUGUUUUAACGCUACAUUGAAAGCUAUCUAAAAACUAUACUAUAAUUAUGUCUAUGUUUGCUUGAGUUAACAUGAAAAUCUAAAACAUUUUACGCCUUUGCUCAAGAUGUUGUCAUUUGUGAUAGCUUUAAAAGCAUGCUUAGUUUAUAAUUACGUUUUAUGUUCGAUGCAGAAUCUAAAGGUUGAGACAGUUCGAUAAGUUGAAGUAUUCUGAUGAACGCAACUUGCAACUUUUUCUUGACGUCUUAUAAUUAUAUCCGUGUACACCUAAAUCAAUAGUAAAAUGUAAUUUCAUUUGUCUCUUUAAGUAAAAAUAUUACAGAGUAUUAAACUUUUAUUUUGAUGUACUGGUGGCAGAUCGGUGAUAAUAUAAAAGGUCUUUAUUUACACUAGAUAACCUUGUUAAAAAUGUAUGUAAAUUUAUAACCUUUAAGUUUAUCCUAA